CCGCCGCCGCCUGAGCCCCGCGCUCCGGCGGUGCCCGCGCAAGGGGCCGCUCGGACCGCCGCGCCGUGACCCUCCUCCCCGCCCCCUCGCCCGGGUUCGCCCGGCUAUAAAGGAGGGUUUUAUUCUCGGGCUCCGGUCUCACGCCAAACCCUGUCACACCGUCUAGACGAGCUGUCGUGGGGCUCGGCCCAGCUGUCACCAUGGCGAUGGAGACGACUCCGCUGUGAAUUUUGGGGGGGAGCGAGCGAGAGCGGCGGCAGAGGAGGAGGAGGAGGAGGAAGGCUCGGUCGCCGCCGUACCCUGCCCUGUCCCGCCGCCGCCCGCGGGGGAGGCUCGGACCCCCCGGCGCUCUCGGCCGCGGCUGGAGCCGGCCCGGCGGGGAGCCCCGGGGAGCCAGCGGCCGCGGGGCGAGCCUCAGAUGCGUCUGUCACACAAGCCCGGCCGAGCUAUUUAAAGUAACGGGCCUCGCCGGACUUUUGUCUCUGCCUAUUUAUGAGUCCCCGAGAGCUGGCAGGCGCCGCCGGGCAGCGCUAGGAGCCGAUCCCGCAGCACCGAGCCGGGGCCGCCGGGUCCCGCCCGGAGCAUGACGGCGAUCCGGGCGCUCCUGCUCUGCUCCUGCCUGGGACUGCUGCUACGCACGGGGGGCGGGCAACCCUUCCUGCGCCUGCGACCCUCGCCCAGCGACAACCUGCCCGUCAAAGACAUCGUGGAGCACCCGGACCCCGAGUACGACCCUAAGGAGCAGGACUUGGACGAGAGGACUCUGAGGAAGAAGCUGGGCAGCCAUUUCGACCCCGGUUUCAUGGCCGUGGCCGUGCCGGGGCCGGCUAACGCCUCGGGCACCGAGGCCGAGGCGGCGGUGGCGGCAGCGGCGGGGCGGGGGCGGGCGGCGCUGCCCGCCGAGCUGCGGCGGCUGGAGCUGGGUCCGCCCCGGGGACCGCGCCUCAGGGUGGGCAAGAAGGCGCGGCGGAAGGUGCUGCAGUGGCUCUGGGCAUACACCUACUGCCCCGUCCUCUACACCUGGAAGGACCUGGGCAUCCGCUUCUGGCCCCGUUAUAUCAAGGAGGGCAACUGCUUCGCCGAGAAGUCCUGCUCGCUGCCCGAGGGCAUGUUCUGCAAGCCCGUCAAGUCGGUCACCAAGACCUUCCUGCGCUGGCACUGCCAGGGCUGGUCCAGCCAGAAGUACUGUACCUGGAUCCCGGUGCAGUACCCGCUCAUCUCCGAGUGCAAGUGCUCCUGCUAGCCUCCCCCGGCCUUGCACUGCCGCCUCGACUCCUUUGGAUGGCUCUUCUGGAGGAGCAGGGGGUUGUUGGGAUGUUGUUUCUUUUAUUGUUUUCCACCCCUCCUCGCCUCCCAGUGCAGACUCGGGGGGAGAGGAACCUGGUUUAUUAAUUUUUUUUUGGGGGGGGGGGAGGGGGAACGGACACACGACUUAUUUUAAUGUUAUUUUAUUUGAAAGGGGAAAAGCAAACCCAGGAACUGCAGGGCAGGCCAAAGGCACAGUAAAGCACUACAAUCAGAUGUCUAUUUUUAUACAUAUAUAGCCUUCUAACAAAAGGAAAAGAAAAAAAAAACCUUAAAAAAUAAUUAAAAAUAAAAAUAAAAACAAAAAAAAUUACCAGCCGUGUAAAUAGAGAGAUUUUAAAGGGGGAGGGAAAAAAAAAAGGAGGGAGGGGGGAGGAGGGAAAUUGCAGCUGUUGUUUUUCUUUUCUUUUUUUUUUUUUAUAUUAUUAUAAUUAUUAUUGUUAUUAUUAUAAUAAUUAUUAUUUUAAAGACAUAGGACCACAUUUUAAACCCAUCCUCACAGAAAGCUGACCACUUCCCUGCUGGUGGAAGGAAAGGCAAGAAAUUUCCUUGUAAAAAGAUGAUUUGAUCAAAAAGAGCAAGGGAGUGGGGUAGAAAAGAAGCAAAGGCAAGAAGAGCAGCAUCUCUGAAGACGCUUAUUUCUCUGUGCUGUGUUUUUUUUUAUUUGUCUUCAGCCCUUGUCACUGACCUUUGAAUUAAUUUGCCAGGCUCUUUAGGGUUGGUUUGGGGGUUUUGUUUGUUUGUUUGUUUGUUUUGGGGUUUUUUGUAUGUUUGUUUGUUUGUUUCUAUGUGGCGCUUCCCCCC